AUGAAAGCUGAUCAUGUCCUGACAGCACUGCUGCUCACACUGCUACCCCUUGCGUCCUGCUUCCAGGAUGUAAAUGCGACCGAGGAAAGGGCCGCGCUGAGGAAACUCGUGGCCAGCCUGCCGAGCUGCAUGAUCCCGUGUGCUGCCACUCAUGCACCCAAAGACUGCCCCCUGACGACGAUGAGGUGCGUCUGUCGGCCACCAAGCAAAGCAGUCGAGGACUGUAGUGUCAAACAAUGCAAUGGCUGGGACCUUAUCGUUGGUCGGCGCCUGAUAAUGGAAGCGUGUGGUGUUCCUCCACCCAACGAAGGCGUCCCCCUUAUGGCGCAGCUCUGGGCUUCAACAGCCGUGUGCAUCGUGGCGCUGUGCAUGUGCAUCGCCGCCCGACUGUUUGGCGGCCAGGGAGGGAUCGGCUGGGACGACGCCUGCGUCACUGGGGCGAUCUGCUGUCUGGUUAUCACGGUCUCUGGCACCCAAAGUGCGGUCACACACGGCCUUGGACGUGACGCUUUUGUCAAAUCGCCCUACGACCUCAACAUAUCGACCCGGUGGUUCUUCAUCCGGUCCAUCGUCUUCUUCUGGACCGCCGCCGCCUGCAAGGCAUCCCUCCUGUUCCAGUUCUCGCGCAUUUUCAACUCUGACGGGAUCGAUCCCCUGUGGCGUCUACCGUUUCGUGGACCAGCCUGGUCCUUCAAAAUGGUUCUGCUGUGUACACACAUGGUCAACCUCGUUACUUGUGUUUCCUUUACUAUAUUUGCGCUUGCACAAUGCGCUCCGAUGAGCUAUUAUUGGACGCAGUGGAACUCACCGCAAAAUGGCUCAUGCAUCGUCAACAAGCGCUUACCGUCUUUUGGUCAUUCAAUCGUCGGGGUGUUGCUUGACUUCUGGAUCUUGGCGCUGCCGUUGAGGUUGAUCUCCUUCCUGAACAUAUCCAAAGGGACCAAGGUUGCUGCCGCCAGCAUGUAUUGCUUGGGAGCCCUUGUCACCGUCAUCAGCAUCGUCCGCGUCAGCAUCCUCAUGAGAGACCUGAACAUCAGCAGCGACCUCCUCUCCAACUACAUCGCUGUGACCAAAUGGUCCCAAGCCGAGAUGGCCACAGCCAUCGUGUGCGCCUGCAUUAUCCCGGCGAAGCAGUUCUGCGUCCGAGUCCUGCCGCUCCCGUUUUGGCGUUUAAAGAAGGCGUUGCUAUCUGCGCGUCGCCAACGGCGGUCCAUGGCGACUUUAGAAAACAGCGGGGGCGAGGAAGGUGGCAUUGGGAGUUGGGAGCAUAAUGACCAAAAGACGUUGGUCGGAGGAGUUGCUACCACCCGUGGGAAACACAGUCAUACCGGCUCGACUGUUUCCAAGGAUGAGGCGAAACUAGCGGUUGUGGGUGCCCAGAGUGACUUUGUAGAGCUUCAGUCGGUGGACAGCUACCCGCCGGGAGACCCCCAAGCAGUACAUCCGGCAACGGAGCAGCACGAGACAGUCCCGGCUGCAAUAGGCCGCGUGGUGGGUGACCCGAAAUAG